AUGAGCCUUCGAUCCACAGCCGCUGGCAGGGCCAUACCAGUCCACCGAAUAGAUCUCUCGCUUCCGCCGCACGAGCGCUACAAGGCGCUCGCAUUGAAGUACAAGAAGCAGGUCGCCACCAUCACGCCCUUGUUCAACGAGCUCCUGGCCGAUCUUGGAAUCCCUGACGCCAAACACGAAACGAUCAACACCCUUGCACGCUGGUCUCUACGAAGGGUUCGCUCAAGAGAAGAGACCGAGGAACUGCGUGGUAUCAGCGAGGUCACCGGGGUUGAGAUGUAUUUGCUUGUUGCGCUUAAUGUGGUUCUGGAUCUGCUGAUGGGUUGCACGUCUAGCGUCCUCGAUUACAUUCGCUCCAACGAGGAUCCCGAUCGUGUGCUAGCCAGCAGCAUAACCUACGUCGGCUUUGUGGGAGUUCUGACAGGAGUUCGACCGCAUCUCAUGCCCUCACUAGCCAGCUUAGAGCACGACCUGCCGAGCAGACGGACCACUGCCGCUUACCUUACAUUCAGUGACGGCGUCCACGCGCUGGUGCUUGAGAAAGACUACAACACUGCCAUAGCGCGCCACGAUGUCGACGGGUUCGUCGUUGCCACAAAUCAUGACUUCGCCAGUCCGGCAUUCGACAAGGAGCCGAUACCUGGGGCUGCGUCUGCGGUAGGGCCGUCACGAACGUGCGCUUUGGAUGAUUUCAUGGAUGAUAGUGAGGAAAGGGCUGCUUGCGUGGGUGACAAAUGGAGGAGGCAUCGGACAGCUGGUGAAAACGGCAUCACCAGGCGUCUAGCAGCCGCCUGGACCAGCGACUGGCCGACGGCGAACGAGACGACUCACUACGCGUGUGUACUGGAUCCGGACGAGGGACAAGUCGAAUGGGCACGAGUCUACGUGCGGCCAUUGCGGGAGCCGCACCAUCGGUUAUGA